AUGGCUACGCAGACUAUGAAGGCUGUCAACUAUCAGGGCCCUUACAAGGUCACAGUAGAAGACGUUGAACUGCCCAAGCUUGAACAUCCUGACGACGUCAUUGUCAAGGUCACGACGGCUGCCAUCUGUGGUUCUGAUCUACACAUGUACGAAGGUCGAACAGCAGCACAGCCCGGCAUCACUUUUGGCCAUGAGAAUAUGGGAAUAGUCGAACAGCUCGGUGAGGGUGUCACUCUCCUCAAGAAAGGGGACCGUGUCGUCAUGCCCUUUAACGUCGCUGACGGCCGCUGCCGCAAUUGCGAAGAGGGAAAGACUGCUUUCUGUACCGGCGUAAACCCUGGAUUUGCUGGAGGUGCUUAUGGCUACGUUGCCAUGGGUCCUUACAGAGGUGGCCAGGCUCAGUACAUCAGAGUUCCGUACGCUGACUUCAACGCUCUUAAACUGCCUGCUGGGAAAGAGCAUGAGGCUGAUUUUAUUCUCCUCGCUGAUAUCUUCCCUACUGGCUGGCAUGGUGUUGAAAUCUCCGGCUUCCGAUCUGGCGAGAGUGUCGCUGUCUUUGGUGCCGGCCCCGUGGGUCUCAUGGCUGCAUACUCGGCCGUUCUACGCGGCGCCUCACGAGUGUUUGUUGUAGACCGUGUUCCCGAACGUCUUCAAGCAGCCGAGAAGAUUGGCUGCACACCCAUUGACUUCUCCAAGGGUGACGCUGUAGAUCUGAUCAUCAAGGCCAAUGGCGGAGAGGAGGUUGAUCGAUCUGUCGAUGCUGUCGGUUAUCAAGCCGUCGGCAAUAGUGGUGAUACUGAGCAGCCUAACAUUGUUCUUGAGAACAUGAUCCGCGUUACCAGACCCUGUGGCGGCCUUGGAAUCCCAGGUCUUUACGUCCCCAGCGAUCCCGGUGCUUCGGACGAGGCAUCUGCAAAGGGCAUGAUCAGUCUUAGCUUUGGCAAGCUCUUUGAAAAGGGACUGACCAUCGGUACGGGCCAGUGCAAUGUCAAGUCUUAUAAUCGCUAUCUUCGAGACCUUAUCAUUUCUGGUCGAGCUAAGCCUAGCUUUGUCGUCUCGCAUGAGAUUAACAUCGACGAAGCUGAAGUCGCUUAUGAGAAGUUUGACAAACGAAUUGACGGAUACACCAAGGUACUUAUCCACCCCAACGGUGGUUUCUGA